AUGAUUCUCCGGUUCGUGAGCAAAGAGGGCCAGUUCCGCCUCACGGUCGAGCCCACGGCCACCUUCCCGGACAUCCUGCCGCAGGUGGCGGAGAAGCUACCCAAGAACGCCGACCUUGCGAGCGUCGCCGUCAGCAACAAGCCGCAGGGAGGAGACGCCAGGAAGUUCACCUCGCUGAAGGGCGUCACGUUCCAGCAAGUCGGACUAUCUCACGGCGCGCAACUCUUCCUGACCUUCGACGAGCAGUCCACCGCCUCCAACGGCACAUCUGCCGCUCCGUCAGGCGCCGCUCGCCUGAACGGCAAAGCCGUCGAACACUCCGACAUGCCUUCCGUGCCCCUCGGCGGCCCCACACAGCUGAUCAAGAACCCGUGGGAAGUGGUCAAGCAAUCGCCGCUCGACGACCGCCUCGACAAGCUCGACGGCAAGAUCCCACGCAAGCGCGACGCCAGGAUGUGCACACACGGCCCCAAAGGCAUGUGCGACUACUGCAUGCCGCUGGAGCCCUACUCGCCAGACUACCUCGCCGAGAAGAAGAUCAAGCACCUGUCCUUCCACUCGUAUCUGCGAAAAGUCAACUCGGCAAAGAACAGGCCGGAGCUCGGAAGCUCCUACAUCCCACCGCUCAACGAACCCUACUACCGCGUACGGCCAGACUGUCCCUCAGGCCACAAGCCCUUCCCAGAGGGCAUUUGCACAAAGUGCCAGCCCGGCGCUAUCUCGCUCAAGCCGCAAGAAUACCGCAUGGUGGACCACGUCGAGUUCGCGUCGAUACAGGUCGUGGACGAUCUGAUCAACUUCUGGCGAAAUACGGGAUGUCAGCGGUUGGGCUUCUUGUACGGCAGGUACGAGGAGUAUACCGAGGUGCCGCUGGGGACCAAGGCUGUUGUAGAGACCAUCUACGAGCCGCCACAGGUCAACGAGCUGGACGGCAUAUCACUGGGCGAGUGGGACAAUGAGAAGGAAAUCGACGCCAUUGCUGCCCAGUGCGGGCUCCAGAGGGUCGGCGUCAUCUUCACAGAUCUCUUGGAUGCAGACAAGGGCGACGGCUCGGUCAUCUGCAAACGACACGCUGACUCGUACUUCCUCUCGUCUCUGGAAAUCACAUUUGCAACACGCUACCAAGCAAGGUAUCCACGGCCAUCCAAGUGGAGCGAGACCGGUCAGUUCGGGUCGAAUUUUGUGACCUGCGUCAUUAGUGGUGAUGCGGAGGGGCAGAUCGGCAUCUCCUCGUACCAGGCAUCAAACUCGGCGGUGGAGAUGGUGCGCGCAGACAUUAUCGAGCCCUCAGCCGAGCCCGCAGUCAUGCUGGUGCAGGACGAGGCGGAUAACAACAACCAGAACCGGUCACGAUACAUUCCCGAGGUCUUCUACAGAAGGAUCAACGAGCAUGGCGCGAACGUACAGGAGAACGCAAAGCCAGACUUCCCUGUCGAAUACCUGCUAGUCACACUCACACACGGUUUCCCCACACAGCCAAAUCCCCUCUUCACGGGAGGCAAGUUCCCGAUUGAGAACCGUGAGAUCAUGGGCGAGAUGGCCGAUGUGUCGGCGCUGAGCAAGUCUCUCAAUGCAAAGGCGAAUGGUCUUGCGCUCAACACUACGAAUGGCCUCAACGCCAUCUCGAACUUCCACCUACUUUGCUUCAUCCACAACCUAGGCAUACUGUCAAAGGACGAAGAAUCGCUUCUGUUCAAGGUCGCAUCGACACACGACACAUCCGAAGGCUCAGCGCUCCAGCACACAGGAGGCUGGGCGACGUUAUUAACGAUUCUCAAAGAAAGUGGUGAGCGCCCCCCUAAACGAUCUCAUUUCACCUCACCUUCGUCUUCUUCUGCUCCGCAUUCUGCCAAUAGGGGGGCGGCUCAUCGCGACCUUGCGCGACAGCCCUCCAACGGCUCCGACUCCGAUUCUGUUCAGCUGGCUAAGAGGUUGAAGGCUAGUAACUUGAAGGGACAGUAA